UAGAAGGCAAUAACUCAGGAUCACUAGAACAUAUCAACAAAAGCAACUCUAGCUGGGAUAAACAAGUAGCUCAAGAAACUAAGGAACUCAAGGAAAUAACAAAUACACAGAAAGAAGAACUUAAAGAAAAUAAACAAAACAACAAUACUUCUACACAUAAUGAAGAGGUUAUUGAAGUCAAUACAUAUAAUAAAGAGGUCUUUAAAAUCAAUACACAUAAUAAAGAGGUCUUUGAAAUUAGUACACGUAAUGAAGAUAACACCCAAACAACAACAUGUAACAAAGAGGUCUCUGAGACAAGUACAGCCCUUCGCCAACAAUAUCAAGACUUUAAAAAAAGAAUUGGAUCAUACAGCAAAGAAAAAUCAGCUAAUAUCAGGCCAGAACAAGAACCCCAUGCAGGUAGUUCUGCUAACAAAGAAGAAAACCCAUACUUGCAAGAUGAUGCAUCUAUCACAGAUAGUGUGGGCUUACAAGAAAAUGAUUUAACACAAGAUGAACAAAAAGGGCCUUUGUCACUUUCAAUAAAAUAG